UACACAGCACAUUAUUUUCUAUCUUGUUUUUGUCUCUAUACUAAUCUAGAACUAUAUAGAAGUAGAUCUGUACUGUCAAGCUAUUAAACCAGCUUCUUAUAAUGGCUACUGUUGAUAGCAAUGAGGAGGAUGGAGAGAUGCAGUCAUCAACUGACUAUUAUGACCUCCUGCAAGUAGACAAAGAUGCAAGUCGAGCCGAUAUCAAGGCUGCUUAUCAUAAAAUGUCUCGAAAAUACCAUCCAGACAAAACCCUUGAUUCAACAACGGAAGAAAUAAUGAAGAAGCUCAAUGAUGCAAAGACAGUCCUACUGGAUGAAGUGAGAAGAGCAGAGUAUGAUGAUAGACUUGAAGGAGAUGAUAUUGUCACUGAUCCUAAAGGAUUUCUACCCAGUGGUAUAUGCUUUUCAAAGCUAGUUCUAAGGAACUUUGAUGAUUUCAAAAAAGAUUUUAAGGAAGGACGCAUCAGAGUGCAAGGUGAAAUGUUUGAACCACUGCUAGAACAAAAAGUUAGAAGCAAAGUCUUAGACAAAAGAGCUCAAUAUGAGGUUAAUAUAGUCUUUAAGAAUAAUGAAAACACACCAAAUCCAUUAUCAGACACAUUGGAAGCCAGUAACAGUCUCCUGUUUGAUAAUCCUUCAUUAUCAGCCACUGCAGCCACGAUGCACACAAGAAUAUGCAACAUACACAAGAGUGGGCUUUACUCACUCCCUCCUCUGACUGAUGAAUUGAAACUAUUGAGCCUUCAAUGCUUGCCACAAGAAGAAGUUGAGUUUCUAUACUCAUUGCUACUGAAUGAGAAAGGCAUAUCACAUGCUAAAAUGACAUAUCAUCUUGAAGCUUUGAUACCAAAAGUUAGUUACUCUAGACCACUGGCUACUGCCGCACAGAGUAAGACUUGUGCCAGUUGCCAGAGGUACCUUGGAUUAAGAGUGAGCUCGUGCUUUUAUUGUCAAAAACGUUUCUGCGACAAAUGCCACUUAGAGAAUUGGAGCUUUUCCCGUUUGGGUCAGACAAAAAAAGAGUCUUUCUGUUCCGAUUGUACCAGUACAUUAAGUAAUCUUGAUGCUGAGGAUUGGAUGCAUGUUUCCUUAAAGCAUAUCAAACAAGGAACAAUUGGAUCUACCAAGACAGGGCUGGGGUGCCUAUCAAUGGCCCUGGCAUGCAGCACAGACAAGAUUAAGCCAAUUUUUGAUAUAGCACAAGCAUUCCUUAGCAACAACUUGCCUGAGCUAGCAAUGAUAUUAAUUGCCACAAUUUUUAAUGAAAGCAUGUCAGAAAAAAUGCUCCUUGAUGUACAUGUUCUCACUGCUUCGGCUCUAAAUGCAAUGGCAGCAGAGCAGGAUAUGGAAUGGGAGAGUAGAUUAGAACUGCUUCAAGCAGCAACAGAAGUCUGCCAAAAGCAUGUGAAUACAGCAAUGAAGGCUCCUGCACUUAUAGCAGUAACCAACAAAACCAGCAAAGCAUACGUAAGCUUAAUACAAGAAGACCCACUUUACAAUGACAUUUUUGAGAGGCUAAAUAAUCUCUGGGCUAACAGAAAUAUUCAGAAGCUCCUAGAAUUUGUUAAGUCAAUGAUUUUUAGCAACGAAAAAGAAAUCAGAAGUAAAAUGGCACAAGUUGUUGUUGCGCUAGUGAACAUUUAUCAAAAACAAAUUGACAUGAUGCCUAAAGAUGAUCAAGCAGUUAUUUUACUGCUUCAAGGCCUUGCAAAACUAGAAAAAGAUAAUUUAGAAGCCUUAGCUGACAUUGAGAAAUCUAUAUGGAUCGGAGACCAGCAACUGGAAGAGCCUGUGGUGGAUAUUUACAUCCAUCUUCUCACUAAAUUCCCUCUCUUUUCUACAAAAGCAUUUUAUGACCUCUGUCUGUCUAAAGAGUCCCUUCUCAAUAUGAGCAACAAUCUCACAGCUGAUGAUAGAUGCCUUAGACUACUAUUCCCUAAUGUCAAUGAAUUAAAUUUACCUUUUGAAAUUCAAUGGCCAAACCUUGGAGUGGUGGGGUUGGAAGUGAAAGGGCACGUUAAGUUUGAAAAAGCAGUUGGAUGUCAAGUGAAAGAUGGUAACUGGGAUGAAUGGGAAGCUGCCAUAGCUUAUCUUGAUUACAUAGCUGCCUGUGACCAUCCAGCUCAGUACACACUAUGCUUUAUAUAUGCUUCCCUCUGGCUAUACAAGUACAUCAAAGCUAAUCCCAGUCUUUCCAACAGUCAAAAAUAUGCCUUAACAAAAGCUAUAGCUAUCUGUUCCCAGGAAGCAAAUGGAGUGGCUUCCCUAAAGCUUUCUCCAGUAAUGAAGCUUUAUGUAGCACGUAUAUCUCUAGGCAUACUAUUACAUACACUCAAUAUUACAAAAUUGGUUGCAAAUGAUGAAGUCAUAGACCAAGUAGCCUCUCUCAUUAACAUUGUUAUCUACAACAGCAGGUUCUGUCCACUUUGGGACAUGCCUUUUGUACCCAUAUCAGAAGCAGUGCUACUAAACAUUAAGGCAAACAGAUUUCACAGCAAAUUCCUAAUUCGUCUACAAGAUCUUACAAAGGAUCAGAUACCACUGAAAGAGCAUGAGCUGCAUUACCAGUUAUACGAGAAUGACCUCAGUCAUGUGCAUCCUCUACAGGAUCCAGCUACAGCAAAAUCAAGAGCAAUGCAGGAACUGCUAAUAGAGAAAGGAUGGGUCUGGAAUGAUGUAAGGAACUUAUUGACAUCUCAGCUUAGUCCCAGAGACAGCAAUGGCUGGCUAAAACGAAGCGCUACUCUUGGAAAGAGGAUGGAGUUUGCUGAGAUUAAAGGAUUUCGUUUUAAUUCUAAUGAAAUUAAUUCUUCCGUUGAAUUGAUAGUAAUUCCAGCAGCUAAAGGGAGCAAUGGCCUUUUUUCACUUGAUGACGUUUACACUGUACUGGAGACAGAAGAAUUUGAACCAGCAUUAUUUAGUUUAGAUCCACCAAAUGUGAUGGAGCAGCACUAUCAUCCAUUCCAGCAGUUUUUAUAUGAACCAAAGAACCUUCAAAACACAGACUUCCUUCACACAAUGUUUGAAACAGACUAUCUCAUGAAAUCGUUCACCAUUGGGACAGAAGUAUCAGCCAAGCCUCCUUUUCUUCAAAGAUCAUGCAGAGACGGUCUCCUUAAGGGUCUGCCUGAGAAGCUCUGUAAAGCACUCAAACCAAUUAAUGAACGGCCCGGCAGUCAUGGAAAUAAAGUUCAUCGAUUCUGGAUCCAAGCUGGCAAGUUAGAGUAUUGUAAUGAGACCAAUGGUGACAUAGAAACAUUGAGAAUUAACAAUAUAGAAAUGGUGAUAAGGAGUCAUCCAUUAUUUCCAGGUCAAGAUGGGAAACUAGAGGACACAGAGUUUAGUGAUGACCCUGAAAGUCCAGAGGCUCAAUUUGCAGCAGAUAUGACUGCGGCUUACAAUGAGAUUAGCAGAUACUUUCCAAUGUUUGCUCGCCUGCGUGAGUUAGCCAAACUUCAGUUUAUAGUACACUUCUUGAAUGCAGAAAUAAAAAAUUUGAAACAACAAACACUGAAAAAAAAUUUUCAAAUACCCGAAGAUGCGGUGAGCAAGGUACAAAAAGAAAUCAAAGCAGAAAAAGUCAAAGACAUUCUCAAAAACCUAGAUGAACAGAUAGGAGUGUGGCCAGGAGCUGAAGAUCAAGCAACUAUAUCCAUGCAUGUUGACAAAUUACUGGAACAAAUAGACCAGCAAGUGUCACGUUCAGAAGUUGAGUCUUUAUUGAAGCCAAAGCUAGUAGAAGCAGAUGAAAAAGUCAUACCUAGUCUUGUUGAUACUUUGCUGUCUGUGUGUGAUGACAAAGUUGUAAAAAGUACAUUAGAGACCCUUGUGAGGGAAUGGCUAAUGGAAAGAAACACACUCAGGCACACUUUAUUAUUAAAUGAAAAAGCAAAGUUAGAGCUGUCCGCAUUUUUGAAUGUCCAUUUACUGGAGUCAGACAUCGAUGGGAUUAGAAAGAUGCUACAAGAGCAAUUGAAUGAAAUGAUACUGAAAAAUGUCAGAAAGUAUCAAAAUUUCUGUACUCAUGUCAAGUCACUGAAGCCUAAUCCAUACAGAGUAGAGCCAAAAGCAUGCAGUUGGGUACCUGCUGCCAUGUAUAAAGAAGAGAGCCAGAGUUAUUAUUCAUUGUGCUAUGGUGGCGUAUUCCUUUAUUCAGGCAUAAAGAGAGGUUAUGUCCCUCCAUUACCUGGUAAUGUGCAGGUAGUGAAAAUAAAACCUUGUGACAGAUGGGGGUUCUCAAAAAAGCGUCAUGCACAUACCUCAGCAUACAGGCACCAUGACUCAGAUUUUGCUGUGAAAUCUUCACAUAGUAGCCAAUCAAAAGGUCCAGGAAAAAGCGAGUCAUCAAAUAAAGGGAAUAGUCAGUCAGGAGGAACUAAUAGUACAAGAAGUGAUGGGACAGAGUCUAAUUCAUCAGCACACCCUGGAGCAGCUGCUGGGGGUAAAGGAGGAGAUGGGGGAGAUGGAGAUGAUGAUGACGAUGAUGAUUUUGAUGAUGAUUUUGAUGAUGAAGAUCCUGCAUUACUUGAAGAGGAAGAUGAUUAUUAUGAAGAUGAAGGAUACAAAAGAAUUGCCAGAAGCAUACAAAAGAGUGGAAUAAAAACUUUUUUGAAAAAAGCAAAAUCUGAAAGUAUCAAUCCACAGGAUAUCUCUCUGCAAGAAAAGCAGACAUUCAUUCUUCUUGUUUACAAUGAGAUACUUAAUGUACUUAACAACCUCGGUUCAGCUUUAACAGGAAAGCUACUUCAAUUACAAAAACUAAAAUUUCAAGACUACAAUCAUAAGUGUAGAACCAUUACUGGAGUGAAUGGGAAAACCUACAAUAUUCCAGAGCAUGCAUGUGAAGUCACCGGGGAAACGCAAUAUGUCAUUUAUUGCAUUAUAGACAUUAACUCUCAAAAGAAGUACAUUGGAAAAACAAAACAACCAAUUGAGAAACGCAUUAGCCAGCACCUUUACAACAUAAGGUCCAACAGAGGAAACAGUCUCAUUACCAAACACUUCAGAAGUCAAGGAGGGUUACUGAAAAAUUUUAAAGUUAUCGUAUUAGAGGUACUUCCUGAAGAAAUGAGUGAGGAGGAAAAAAAGAAAGAAUUACCAAAAGCAGAAUCAGGUUGGAUGGAGAAACUUGGCACACGAGACAGAGAAAAGGGAGGAUUGAAUAAAAUACGUGCCAUUAGAGAGUAUAAUCCAGAAGAACUAACAAUUAAUUUUUGUUAAACUGAUAAGUUUUAAGCUGAAUUAGAUUAGAUAUUUUAUUAGUGUUAGCUAGUUUGUGACACAGAAAUCAUUAUUUUGAGUUUAGAAAAUUAACUUUUAA